AUGGAAAGACUCAACUACACACUCUUGACUGAGUUCAUCCUGACAGGAGUUCCCCACCCUCCCAGGCUAAGGACCUUCCUCUUUGUGUUCUUUUUGCUAAUCUACAUCCUGACUCAGCUGGGGAACCUGCUCAUCCUGAUCACUGUCUGUGCAGACACACAGCUCCAUGCGCGCCCCAUGUAUAUCUUCCUUGGCGCUCUCUCCAUCAUUGACAUGGGCAUCUCUACCAUUAUCGUCCCCCGCCUCAUGAUGAACUUCACUCCAGGUGUGAAGCCCAUCCCAUUUGGGGGCUGUGUGGCUCAGCUUUACUUCUAUCAUUUUUUAGGAAGCUCUCAGUGUUUCCUCUACACCACAAUGGCCUAUGACAGGUACCUGGCAAUAUGUCAACCUCUGCGUUACCCAGUACUCAUGUCUGCUAAGCUGAGUACCUUGCUGGUGGUUGGGGCUUGGGUGGCUGGCUCAAUCCAUGGAGCAAUCCAGGCCAUUCUAACCUUCCGUUUGCCCUACUGUGGUCCCAACCAGGUAGAUUAUUUCUUCUGUGACAUCCCUGCAGUUUUGAAGCUAGCCUGUGCAGAUACCACAGUCAAUGAGUUGGUGACUUUUGUAGACAUUGGAGUGGUGGUUGCCAGUUGUUUCUCCCUGAUCCUCCUCUCCUACAUCUAUAUCAUUCGGGCCAUCCUGAGAAUCCGCACAGCUGAUGGGCGGCGAAGGGCCUUCUCAACAUGUGGAGCCCAUGUGACUAUUGUUACCGUGUACUAUGUGCCCUGUGCCUUCAUCUACCUGAGACCUGACAGCCACAGCGUCCUGGAUGGGGCAGCUGCUCUCUUCCCCACAGCCAUCACUCCUUUCCUCAAUCCCCUCAUCUACACUCUGAGGAACCAGGAGGUGAAGUCGGCCUUGAGGAGAAUGAUAGGGGGCCAGAGGGCGAAGGGUGAGGUGUGAAGACCCCUCCUCUACUGAGGAGACACCCAGUCUUGUGUUUGG